AUGGAAGAAGUGGUGUCAUCCUUUGAAAUGAUAGCAGGAUUGGGAGCUGCCAAGUGUUACACUGCUUUGGCACUCCAAGCCAUGUCAAGGCAUUUCUGCAGCUUGAAAGAUGCCAUAUUGUCGCAAAUAAAUGCUGAGAAAAGAAAACUUUUUCAGGAUUUACCUAAGAUCAGUAGUGGGUUGUCUCAACUAAGCUUGUUUGAUAGGGACAUCAGACACAGUAGAAUGUCUCUCCAACAACUUGGGGUGAUUCAAAGCCAACGCCAAGUUUGGAGACCCAUCAGAGGGUUGCCUGAAACCUCUGUGGCAAUCCUUCGUUCAUGGCUUUUUGAGCAUUUCCUCCACCCUUACCCGAAUGAUUCUGAAAAGCUAAUGCUGGCAUCUCAGACAGGUUUAACUAAAAACCAAGUCUCAAAUUGGUUCAUAAAUGCUCGAGUACGGCUAUGGAAGCCAAUGAUAGAAGAAAUGUACAAAGAGGAGUUUGGGGAGUCUUCGGAAGAUUCCAACCCGGCUGCUAACAACUGCUUAACGAGGGAAGAUACCACAGAUUGUGUAGAGGAUUGA